AUGCCUCGAAUACUCGAUGCCUCCCGGGCAGCCUGGCUGUAUCCCUUCAGGGGAAUCUACUACUUCGUAACCCACCGCUUUCUCUGGCCACUCUUCAAAGCCCGCCUCGUUCCCCUCCUCCUCCUCUCCACCUUCAUCUACAUCCUGCUCUUCACCUUCGCCUACCUGCCCCAAGUAGCAUUCCUCGCCAUCUUCCAGGGCGUGGGUGCCUGGGUCAACGGCGCGUUCCUGGUGCUGGGCGAAGGCUCCGCCAUCGUCGCCGGGCUAUUCGAGGCGUUUUUCGUGGACGAGACCCUCGUGGAUAUCUUCGAUGCGGUGCUGAUCAAUGAGGGCCAGGAGGAGCUGAUCCUCACGUCACGGGUGAUUUACCCCGAACAGGGCGAUCCUGUGAGUCGGCUCGGCACGCCGACCACCUCGGCAGUCUAUUCGCCGUUUUCGUUGCGGCAGAUCCUCGAGUUCGUUCUUCUGCUCCCGCUCAAUUUUAUUCCGGUGGCGGGGACGCCGAUGUUCCUGGUGCUCACGGGCUAUCGCGGCGGGCCGUUCCAUCACUGGCGGUACUUCCAGCUACGGGAUAUGACGAAAAAGGAGAGGAAGGAGAGUGUGGGCCGCCGACAGUUGCAAUACACCACGUUUGGAACCGUCGCGCUGAUCCUGCAGCUGAUUCCUCCGUUUUCCAUGUUCUUUCUCAUGACCACGGCUGCUGGGUCUGCUAUGUGGGCGGCGGAUAUGGAACACAAGCGGCAGCAACAACAGGCGGACCGACGACCACUCGGCGAGUAUCACGAUGAAAUGCCAGCAUGA